AUGGCGGAACAGAAGUACACCAUAGCAGAUGUGGCGAGCCGCAACGGUCGGGGCAACGCGCCGGUGUGGGUGAUCUACAAAGACUCAGUGUAUGACAUCACAUCCUACAUCAGCCAGCAUCCCGGCGGCGACGUGAUCUUAGAGGAAGCGGGCAGAGACGCUACCAAAGCUUUCGACGAAGUGGACCACGGCUCAGACGCUAGACAAAUAUUGAGGAAAUUCAAAAUAGGUGAAAUUAUUGAGGAAGAGAAAAAAUAUGACGCAAAUGGUAAAAAGAAAAAGCGAGUGAUCGCCGCCCGCGCGCCGUCCGCGCGCAGGGGUUGCCUCAGCAUCAUCUGCUGCCGGCUGGCGGGGUCUUCAUCAUCCAUCGUCUAUUUCCCUUUUCCUACACCUUCCCCGGUGCCAUUGGUGUUGCAAGAAGGUAUCAAACAGACACCUAUGCCUGCUCCGUUUGUGGUG